CAUUACCAUGUCUCGGAGUCACAGCAAAUGUCCAAAACUGGUUUUCUGUUGUUCGCCGAGCUGAAGUUGUAUUUAGUAUAAAAAGUCGGCGAUGCCUGGUGGUUGCAUCACAAGUCAUUCGACAAGGGUGCCGGAUAGUCACAUAUAAUUCAACAUGAAGAGCAUCCUGAUCGUCUGCCUCCUCGCCCUGGCGGCCGCUGCCUACGCGCGCCCCGAGACCUACACCGACAAGUUCGACAACGUCAACCUCGACGAAAUCCUGGAGAACCGGCGGCUGCUCAUCCCGUACCUCAAGUGCGUGCUCGAGCAGGGCAAGUGCACGCCCGAUGGCAAGGAGCUUAAAUCGCACAUCCGAGAGGCCCUCGAGAACAACUGCGCCAAGUGUACCGAGACCCAGCGUCGCGGUACCCGCCGCGUACUCGGUCACCUCAUCAACCACGAGGCCGACUUCUGGAACCAGCUCUGCGCGAAGUACGACCCUGACCGCAAGUACGUCAACAAGUACGAGAAUGAACUCAAGUCUGUCAAGGAGAUAAAAAAUAUCGCUGAUAGUUUUCAAGAGUCUCAUCUUAUCAUUUCGGAUCUAUUAGGGGAUGAUGAGGUCGACGACAGUGAGAAAGAAAUUCAGGAACGAUUCGACGAAGCGUAUUUUAACGUAGUGGCCUUACAGCCCAAGUUAGAUACAAAGCUGCGACGCGAGUUUGAGGAGAAACACACCAACGUGGAGAUGCCUCAGUACAAGCAAAUUAGGGCAUUUUUACACGCGAAAAGCGAAGCUUUGUUGCGCGAUACGCACUUUACCGCCGUUACUUCUAAAAACGCGAAUACUUCUAAAGAGGCAACGGGAACUUUACAGAAACCGAAGCGACAUAGCGUCACGCAUACACUCCUCUCUCCUACCGCGAACCCCCUUCCAAAGGGUGGUGACAAACAAGAGGUGAAACCGAAAGUUUCGGGAACUCCAAAAGUUUCGGGAACUCCGAAAGUUGUCCGAAAAUGUUCCUUCUGUGGUGAAGAGCACAACAUAUCAGCCUGCAAGGACUUUAUAGCUAAAUCGGUGGAUGAACGAAUGGCUAUUACCAAGGAGAGGAAAUGGUGCUACAACUGUCUUAACGCGUCUCAUUCAGUGCGACAAUGCACAUCGAUAUUCUCUUGUCAGAAAUGCAAGCGGAAGCACCACACUCUGUUGCACCGAGAGCAAGCUGCCAGCAAUCCUGAACCUUCUGGUGAAAAAUCAAGCUCAGUCGUCUUACUGGCUAAAGAAUCGUUGACUCCGUCCAAUUCACCUUCGAAUACGACCGUGCUACUGGCAACCGCGCUCGUCCAAAUUCGUGAUGCUUCAGGCGAGUUUCAGACAUUCCGGGCGUUAUUGGACGCCGGGAGUCAAAACAAUCUUCUCACUACACAAGCGGCUCAACGGCUAAAGUUGGAGCCUACACCGACUAGUGAGGGGCCCUGCGGCCUAGGAGGUGCACCCGCAACAGUGACUGGCAAGGUCACAUGCGAUAUAGGUGCCAAGGAUACCGUACAUUUUCGCCUGGAAAUGUUUGUUUCACCGCACAUUUGUGAUGAACAACCAAUCGGAAGACUCAAUACGAGUGGAUGGGAAGAACUCAAAACAUUACCGUUAGCUGAUCCUGGUUUUGAUAUUCCUGGUCCAAUUGAUGUCUUGCUCGCUGCCGAUGUCUUUGCUGAGUCACUUCUCGACCAACGUUUGAAACGCUGCGUCAAUAAACCGCGUGCUCUCAACUCUGUCUUCGGAUGGCUGAUUGUCGGAAGAAUCCGACUAGCAUCGUCGUCUUUAUUAAGUGUACCUACACCUAAUAAGGAUGACAGCUUAAACAAUAUCGUUCAACGCUUCUGGGAAAUCGAUACCGUUCCACAUUCUUCCCGAUUAACCCCAGAUGAACAGCUCUGUGAAAAUAGUUUCACAAACGAGCAUUACCGUGACGAGACUGGUAGGUACGUCGUCUGUCUCCCCUUCAAAGAUAACGCUGAGCCUGUGUUUGAAGGCUCUCGGGAGAUAGCGUUACGACGCUUCCAUGCUAUCGAAAAGCGCCUUUCUCGUGAUCCAGACUUGAAACAACAAUAUGUUGAUUUCAUGACCGACUACAUCGAAAGUGGUCACAUGACUUUGGUGCCUGCUAAGCACAUGGGUCAAGGCAAGUUUUAUGUGCCGCAUCACUGCAUUUUGCGCCCCGAGAGCGCCACAACGAAGCUUCGCGUUGUUUUUGACGCUUCAGCUAGAGAUGCGCAUUCCAAAUCGCUUAACGACUCGCUAUUAACAGCCCCAAAGUUACAAUCCAACAUUGCGGAGAUUCUUCUUCAUUACCGGGAGCACGAAGUGGUCUUUAUGGCCGACGUGCGCCAAAUGUACCGUCAAAUUACCGUUGCUCCGCAUCACCGGGAUUACCAGCGUAUUCUCUGGCGAGUUCACCCAGAUGAGCCUCUUCAGGAAUACGUAUUGAACACCGUAACGUACGGGGUCUCCUCGGCUCCGUUUCUUGCUUGCCGAACGAUCCAGCAAUUGGCCAACGAUGAAGGUCAUAAGUACCCGAAGGCCAAAACCGUUCUAACUUCCGAUAUUUACGUCGAUGACGUCGUUACCGGAAGUUCUUCGCUGGAUGACGCUUGUGACAUCAAGUCACAGGUUACCGCACUCUUCGAGCUCGGCGCUUUCGAGCUACGAAAAUGGGUAAGCAACCGACCCGAACUUCUUAGAGAUUUGCCCUCAGAAAUGUGUCUUUCGGACGCCAUCGCAUUUACCGAAGCCGAAGACACCACCGUUAAGGUCCUUGGCCUUAAAUGGGAACCUGCUUCAGACUCGUUCGUUUUUAACGUCCAACCUUCCAAUCAACCGUGUACCAAACGAACGAUUCUAAGUGAGGUCGCCAGAAUCUUCGACCCUUUGGGUUUCUUGUCUCCAUUGACAAUCCAAGCCAAAGCCUUGAUCCAAAAACUUUGGAUUCUCGGCUCUUCAUGGGAUGAAACUCCUCCUCCGGAAAUUGUGUCCCAAUGGAGCAAUUUCUCUCAGCAACUUCCUCAAGUUAGAGAUCUGAAAAUCCCUCGCAAAUUCACCAUCGAAGGUGCUCAAUCGUAUCAGUUGCACGGAUUUUGUGACAGUUCUGAGGUAGCGUAUGGCGCCGUCGUAUAUCUACGUGUCACCGAGUCUGAUGGCUCCGUUCGCGUCCACCUCGUUUGCGCAAAGGCGAGAGUUUGUCCACUCCGGAAACAAUCGUUGCCCAGAUUAGAAUUGUGCGCAGCAGUGCUGCUUGCUGAUCUCAUCAAGUUCGUCAAGGACACGCUGCGGCUGCCUGUCGAAGAAACCUACCUUUGGUGCGACUCAACCGUUACAUUGGCUUGGUUACGCGCUCCGUCCUCUCGUUGGGUGACAUUCGUCGCAAAUCGUGUUAGCCACGUGCAGGACAUCGUUCCUACCGCUUGCUGGAGACACGUUCCCUCUGGAACGAAUCCCGCAGAUAUCUGUUCACGAGGGCAGAUGCCUCGGGAACUUCUCACCAAUACGCUAUGGUGGGCGGGCCCAGAGUGGCUCUCUCACUCACCGUCUGAAUGGCCAACAGAUCUAUCGAAAGAUCGCAACACCGAUAACGUCGUACUUUCCGAACAGCGUCGUGUAACUCUCGUAACAAGCCAAACCGAACCUAUCAAGCAAACGUCAAUAAUCGAUCAGCUGUUAGAGAGAUAUUCGUCGUUGGACAAAGUCUGUCGCAUUCUAGCUUACGUGCGUAGGUUUUGUACCAACGCGCGUAGCACCGCUUCACGAUCUGAAAGCUUGCUCAUAACGGACAUCGAGCGCCAUCGCGCGCUACUAGAAAUCGUCAAGCAUUUCCAAGAUCGUCAUUUUUCCGAUGUCAUAUCGAAACUUAGGUUGCGAAAACAGCUACCUCGUAGUCUUCGCAAACUAAAUCCGUUCCUAGACGACCAAGGCAUUCUCAGGGUGGGCGGACGACUCGCGCGCUCCGGCUUAGAAUUCGAACAUAAGCACCCUGCCUUAUUGCCUAGAAAGUGUGUACUUACGACACGCGUAAUCGAAUCCGUCCAUCGGAAAACCUUUCACCCUGGUCUAAAUACGACUCAUUAUUUAGUCCUGCAACAAUUCUGGAUCCUCGCGGCUAGGCGAGCAAUACGACACCAGCUUUCGAAAUGCAUCCGUUGCUAUCGUCUUCAUCCGCAGCCUCUGCAACCGUUCAUGAGCGACCUUCCUGACUUUCGAGUCAAUCAGGCUAAACCGUUCUCUGUAGUCGGCGUUGAUUUCGGUGGUCCAUUUCGCAUCAAACUCGGAUCCCAUCGCGGUGCGAAAAUCGACAAGGCUUACUUAUGCCUGUUUGUGUGCCUAAGCACAAAGGCCGUGCACUUGGAGGUAGUGUCAACGCUAUCAACCGACGGCUUCAUCGCAGCCUUACGUCGUUUCGUUUCCCGCCGUGGCCGUUGUAACGUCAUACAUUCGGAUUGUGGUACUAACUUUGUCGGCGCGAGCUCACAACUAGCGGCAUGUAUCGAACGAGCCUCGCACGCAGAACGUAUCACUUUCAAACGCAACCCCCCGUCCGCUCCACACUUUGGAGGGAUAUGGGAGAUCCAGAUUAAGGCCGCCAAGACACAUUUAUAUCGCAUCGUUGGCGACCAGGUCUUAACCUUCGAACAAUUAUCGACAUGUUUCACCCAAAUUGAAUCGAUUAUGAACUCGAGGCCUUUGUGUCCUUUAAGUUCCGACCCUAACGAUCUGAACGUCCUCACACCCGGUCACUUCCUGACAUUAGAACCCCUGACCGCAGUGCCAGAUUCUGACUACGCGGACGUUAAACUUAAUCGACUAAACCGAUGGCAGCUCAUCCAAGCGUUCCAACAGCAGUUCUGGAAACGCUGGCAAAAUGAGUACCUACACGCCUUAACUCUGCGGGCAAAAUGGACCAAAUACUCAACACCGUUAACCCAGAAGACGUACCAUAACUAUCUCACCACUGGUCGAACACUGGUCGAAAAUAAAAAAAUAACAAUAAAAAUGAAGGCUGUGGUUCUAGUUUGUUUAUUGGCGGUGGUGGUGUCAGCGAGACCUGGAGACAAAUACACGGACAGGUUCGACAACGUGAACCUGGAUGAGAUUUUGUCAAACCGCCGGCUGUUGGUGCCGUACGUCAAAUGUCUGUUGGGACAGGCCCCCUGCACUCCCCCUGGGAAGGAGCUGAAAUCUCACAUCAAAGAGGCCCUAGAGAACGGCUGCGCCAAAUGCUCAGAGAACCAGCGCACCGCCACCCGCCGCGUCAUAGGACACCUCAUCAACAAGGAAGGCCAAUACUGGAACCAGCUGGUUGACAAGUACGACCCUAAGCGCGCCUACGUGACCAAGUACGAGUCCGAACUUAGGACCGUUAGGGCUUAGAACUUGGACUUGAUUGUAAACAAAUGACUGAUCAGUUUAAUGCAAGAAUAAAUGAGAUGAAAAAUU